AUGUCACACUUUCACUUGUUGUUGAAUUCGUCUCUGAAAAAUUUGAAUACGUGGCUUUCUAACGGAAUUAGGAAGUGUGGCGCUGUCCUUCUGCGGAAGCGUGGACGAUUUCUGCUGCUUCGAGGGAUUCCGUGUGCAUUCUGGGGAAGUGGCGUGCGAGCGGCGCUUGUCGUGACGUGGGCCACCUCGACUCGGCUAUUUCUGGCACGUGUGCGAUUGCGUUCUCACCGGUUUUUUGCUCGUCAAGAGAGGAUUCCUUCUUUCGCAGGGAAGACAAUGGGUGGAGAUGAAAAGAAAGUCAUUGCUGUACAAAAAAAGAAAAAGAGAAAGAACAACAAGAAAAAGGCUAACAAACCGAAAAUACCACCAGCGCCACCCACGAAUGGUUCGUCAAACCAAAUGAAUGGAAACCACGAAACUCCUGCCUUGGAAUUCGAGCUGAGCUCGCCACAGAUCGAUUCUGAUGACUAUAUUGAUGUUUUCGCCUGGCUAGUCAUGUUUGUCGCAUGGAUUUAUCGAUGGCUUUCACCCGCGCAACCAGGUAGAGGUGACAAUUUCACGGAGCCAGGCACUAGUGCGGAUGCACUUAACGAGGAGUCAUUGGCGUUGAAGUCGAGGUCCGCGUCAGUCGACAGUUCGGACAGCUUCCAUCCAUCAUACUCCCCAGAUUUCAAUCCCGACUUCAAAAAUGCCGUCUUUGGUUCGAAAGAGCCGCUCAGUGACCAGAGCAAUAAAUCGAGGCCUCUACAGUUUGGUAUUCCUGCUAUUUGCUCACGCUUUAAUUCCAUUUUAUUCGGCCCUUCGUGGACCGACUACGCAGUCGAUGAUGAUCAGUCUGUAAUUAUUGCAAACGGUCGUUUGGCGCAUAAACAAUGCAACACGACACAUGAAGACCAGUCAGAUUUGGACGACUGGGCGUGUCGUGAAAACGACGGUUCUGCUGAGCACCAAAUUUCCGUUGUUUUCACACCGUGCUACUCUAAUGAGUUUGAGGCUACAGUCUCUCUACCUGCAUCUUACAGCAUGCCUGAGUUGACCAAACAAAAUGGGAUCAUCAAUCAUUCACUGCUUCAUACUUCGUACACAGUUUCGUUGCAAUGCGAUAGUCAAGAAGAAUUCAGCGAUUGUUAUAGUGUAGAUGAGGAGUCGUUUGUAUCCUCUAGUGAAUUUCCCUACAGUGAGAAGUCAUCUGACCCAUAUUCAAGCCCUGCUGAAGACGGCAAUAAAAAUCUGUUUGAAGUGAGUGAUUCCAGUGACGUAGAGAAUACAACGCCAAAUGGUAAUACGAUCAUGAAGAAAUCGAAAACUGAUGAUAACUGUUAUCAAGUUCCCUUCGGCGUUCCGGAAGGAUACUAUGGAAACGCUGGUCCAUGGACAAAGCCUGUGUCAAUUCAGAAUUUCAAACCUGGUGAAGAAUAUAACAACUGGUCUGGUAGUCCAGGUAGCGAAUCAGCUGGACACCGAAGUGGCUCAAGCGAAGAUGGAGAACCAUUUAAAGCCGUCCAGGAAGAAGUGUUGGGAUCGGAUGACGAAGAGCAAGAGGAUCCGCGUGAUUAUAGGCGUGGUGGCUAUCAUCCCGUGAAUAUUGGUGAUGUCUUCAACCGGAGGUACCAUGUAAUUCGCAAGUUGGGAUGGGGUCAUUUCUCUACCGUGUGGUUAUGCUGGGAUACCAAAGACAAACGAUUCGUUGCAAUGAAGAUUGUCAAGUCAGCUGACCAUUAUACUGAAGCUGCUCAAGAUGAAAUCAAGUUGUUACUCGCUGUGCGCGAAGCAGACCCAGAAGAUCCUGGUUGUCAACGAGUUGUACAACUGCUCGACGAGUUCACAGUCAGCGGUGUCAAUGGCGUGCACACUUGCAUGGUGUUUGAGGUUCUUGGGUGUAACCUCCUCAAACUAAUAAUCAGAUCAAACUAUCAAGGUUUGCCUCUCGAACAAGUACGGAAAAUCACUAAGCAGGUACUCGAAGGUCUCAAAUAUAUGCAUGAAAAAAGCAAAAUCAUCCAUACUGACAUUAAACCGGAAAAUGUAUUAGUUACAAUGAGUCACGAAGAAGUGAAGCUCAUGGCACAACACGCAGUUGUGGCUACGAAAAUGAAUCUGAAGUUAAGCGGGUCAGCAGUUAGCACAGCACCCAGCCAUGUGCAAAAGAAAGUACAAGAAAAUAUGACUAAAAACAAGAAGAAGAAGCUCAAGAAGAAGGCGAAAAAGCAGCGUGAACUUCUUGAGUCUCAGCUUGCUCAAAUGGAAGGGCUCACCGUCGAUCCUACCGCAAUACAAGAAGUUUUGAACAGUGCCCCGGAAGGAGACGGAGUGACUGCCACUAUUGUGCAAGACAUUAGUGAUGUUGAAGGUGAACCGAAUGCACCUCUUCAACAGGUACUCAGCCCUGCACCUAUCGAUCGAACUAGUCUGAGUCCUCCAAGCGAUACGGAACUGCGAAAUGCUAUUGAUACUAAUCGCGCAUUUGGUUUUUCCGAUACGCCAUUAUCACCCACAAAUCCUUUCUCAGCGCAACAGCUUCCAGCUGUUCUUCCAACUCCUCCUGUGGGACCGAAUUUGAACGACCCCUACGCUGACAUAGAGGUCAAAAUAGCAGAUCUGGGUAAUGCCUGCUGGACGCAUCAUCAUUUCACAGAGGAUAUCCAAACGAGGCAGUAUCGGUCUCUAGAAGUGCUCAUAGGUGCUGGGUAUGGCCCUCCUGCCGAUAUCUGGAGUACGGCAUGCAUGGCUUUCGAACUAGCAACAGGAGAUUACCUCUUCGAGCCGCACAAUGGCGACAACUACUCACGAGACGAGGACCAUCUGGCUCACAUCUGUGAAUUACUUGGAUCAAUUCCUCCGUCAGUGUAUAAGAAAGGACAACACUGGAAGGAGUUCUUUAAUAAGCAAGGUCGCUUGCUCCACAUUCAUCAGCUGAAACCGUGGCCUCUUCUAGACGUAUUGCGGCAAAAAUAUGAUUGGCCAUUCGAACAAGCUCGACAGUUUGCAUCUUUCCUCAUUCCUAUGCUUGCCUUCGAUCAGGACGAGAGGGUGACUGCAGCACAGGCUUUAGAGCAUGACUGGUUGAAGCCUUUCGGUGGGAAACCGCCGCCACCCGAUGUCCCUGCUGAGGUGUUACGGCGAAUAUAUCCCGACGGCAAUGUGCCAGGUCGAGAAAAAGUUGUGAAUCCGGCUGUCAACGGUGUAGACUUGCGCGAAAUGGAUCUGGACUUUGAGCAAGAGCAGUGUCGAAGCGAAUUGCUCGGCAGUGCCGAAGUUUAGGUGCAAUCUCGCUUUGCUUUUCUUUGCCAAGCUCAUUUGUCAUCGUUCUUAUUAAAAUUGUAUGAGUUCACAUUUCUAUAUGAGUUUCAUCUAAGAUAUCGAAUUAUGAGAAACAACUCAAGCUUUUCUCAUUUCCCAGAUACAGUUUGGCGAUGUGGUGUCUGUAAUCUCCUGUCUUAUGGGUCCAGAUAUCACUUCUGUGAUUGACGAACGACAGCCUUUACACUGUCCCUGUUUCCAGUCUCCUCUGAGUACUUUUCGAUGUUUAUGUGACUCGUUAUCGGUUUCUUACUGUUCAGAAACGCGAGCUUGGUUCUUUUUUUUUCAAUGCUUGUCAACCAUUCAUCAGUUCUGAUCAGUAACGAUGGAGAUGGGCACCUCUGCUUCGUCUUUUUCUCGUCCCUAUUUGUAUAGUUGCAUGAUAGCCGAUCGCUUGAUGCAUAAAUAUUGUCGAGGAGGCGGCUGCUUCUCAUCUACCCCCUGAUUGUCGUUCAUUUCGUCUAGAACUAUGCAUAGUUUGGAGAGCUAAUCGAAUGGACACCCUACUCUAAUCGCUGGAUGGACAUCUCUUCCGUUGAAGACUCUGUUUGUGUGUGUUCCAUUAUUCCAAAGUACAUCAGGAAGGUCAGCAUCUUCCUCACUUUGUCACAUUGUGCUGGUCCAUGUGUUCCUUUCUCUUAUUUAACAUUUAUGUUUGCGUCUGUGUCCCUGUGAGUUUAUUGAGGUGAAACAUCUACUUUGAUCGUCGCUUUCGUCUUCGUUCAUGCGCGUCAACGCGCCUUUUUGAGUAAAGAAAUGUUACCUACCAGUGGUUGGAGUAACUUUAUAGGGUUUGUUUGUGUGAAGAUCGUUAGUCUACUGACAUCAUAGUUCUUCACAUUGAAGCCCAAAUUAUGACGUUGGCGUUUUUCCUAUCGUGUAUAUAAUUAGUGAAUUAAUCUAACCACUAACUUCUGAUUAAAUCUGUUUCCCUUUUGGUCUCUCUUUUGUUACAAAGGUCAGUGCAAGGGGGAUUCAUUUUAACGUAAAGGAAGGACCGACUUGAAUUUACAUUGAAA